CCUUGGAAGCCAUGUCGCCCUCCGCCGUUCAGAUCGAAGAUUUGAGCUCGGCACCGUCAACACCUGCCACCGAGAUGGCCGACAAUGCGUCUAACGGGUCGACGCCUGGGAUAACCACCCCAGGAACCCCAUCCCCGGGAGAGCCCACGUAUGCCUUCUUUACCAACGGCACCAAUGGCGCCAGCAACGGCACCAACGGAACCAACGGCACCAACGGCACCAACGGCACCAACGGUAUUCACAGAACGAACGGAACCAAUGGCACCAAUGACACCAAUGGCACCAAUGGGUACUUUGCUGCCAACGGUGCCGCUCAACCCGCUACCGGAACCAAGUUCGAACCUGUCGCCAUAAUCGGCAUGGCCUGCCGCCUCCCCGGUGGAAUCUCGGACCCGGAAGAAUUUUACCAGCUCUGCUGUCGUGCCCGCAGCGGCUGGUGCGAGAUGCCCGAGGAGAGGUUCAGCAAGGCCGGCUACCACCAUCCCAAUCCCGACAAGCUGGGCUGCUUCAAUCCCGUCGGCGGCUGCUUCCUGACCGAAGACGUGGCCCUGUUCGAUGCCCCGUUCUUCAACAUUACCGAGAGGGAGGCCAUCUCGAUGGACCCUCAGCACCGUCUGAUCCUCGAGUGCACCUACGAAGCUCUUGAGAACGCCGGCAUCCCCAGGCACAAACUUGUCGGAAAGAAUGUCGGCGUUUAUGCCGGCGGGUCCUUCACCGAUUACGAGCUGAACAACCUGCGAGACCUGGACACGGCUCCCAUGUACCAGUCUACCGGAAACGCGCCCUCGCUCAUGUCGAACCGGAUCUCGUACUAUUUCGACUUCCGUGGCCCCAGCCACACGGUCGAGACGGCCUGCUCAUCCAGUCUGACGGCGCUGCACCUCGCCAUGCAGAGCAUCCACAGCGGCGACUCGUCUCUCGUAGUGCUGGCUUCGAGCCAUUUGAACCUUCUUCCGGACCAUUUCGUCUCCAUGUCUUCCCAGGGUCUCCUGUCCAGCGACGGGAGGUCUUACGCCUUCGAUUCACGGGCAAACGGGUUCGGCAGAGGCGAGGGUGCGGGCGUUGUCAUCCUAAAACCCCUCGCCGACGCCCUGAAGGACAACGACAACAUCCGGGCGGUCAUCGUCGGAACGGGCGUCAACCAGGACGGGCGCACCAACGGCAUCACCAUGCCCAACGCAGACGCGCAGCUAGACUUGAUGAAGAAGGUCUACAGCGACGCGGGCCUUGACCCAAAGGACUGCGGAUACGUCGAGGCGCACGGCACCGGAACCAAGGUCGGCGAUCCGCUCGAGAUGGGGGCGCUGCACAAGAUGUUCGCCGAGGGCCGAAACUCACGGAAGCCGCUCUAUGUGGGCUCCGUCAAGACCAACAUCGGCCAUCUCGAGGGCGCCAGCGGCAUCGUGUCCCUCAUCAAGUCGGCCAUGAUGCUGCAGAGGGGCUACGUGCUGCCCAACUACGAUUUCAAGAAGGGCAACCCGGAGAUCCCGUUCAACAAGUGGGGCAUCAAGGUCCCCUCGAACCUCAUCCCCUGGCCGAAGAGCAAGAAGUACAUCAGCGUCAACAGCUUCGGCUUCGGUGGCGGUAAUGCCCACGCCGUGCUGGAGGCACCCCCCAAGCGCCUGAACAUCCCGACGGCGUGGGAUGGCGAGUACGCCGAGCCCCGCCGCCUCUUCGUGGUCUCGGCCCACAGCAAGGAAUCCCUCGCCGCCCAGAUGCAGAACGUGACCGUGUAUCUGGAGCGCCACCCAGUGGCCUUCCAGUGGAACCUGAUGGCCAACCUCGCCUACACCCUGGGCCAGAGGAGGUCGUUCCUGCCCUACAAGGCCGCCGUCUGCGCUGCCGACGGCGCCGCAUUGACCUCGGCCUUUUCCAUGGCGCCAUCGAACCCCGUGAGGACGACCACCCAGCCCAACAUCGGGUUCGUCUUCACCGGCCAGGGCGCACAGUGGCACGCCAUGGGGCGCGAACUCGUCGGCGCGUACCCGAUCUUCAAGCAGUCGCUCGAGAAGUUCGACGCCUGCUUGGCCCGCCUCGGCGCGAGCUUCAGCCUGAUGGAGGAGCUCAACCGCGACAAGGAUACCUCCCGUCUCUCCGACGCCGAGCUCAGCCAGCCCAGUUGCACGGCCAUCCAGCUUGCCCUGGUCGACCAGCUAUCCGCGUGGGGGGUCCACCCCAAAGCAGUCGUGGGCCAUUCCAGCGGCGAGAUCGGCGCCGCGUAUGCUGCGGGCGUUCUCACCCUCGAGGAGUGUGCCGCCGUCGCGUACUACCGCGGACAGUCGGUGCUACAGCUGAAGGCGGCCCACCCCGGGCUCCAAGGCAGCAUGCUCGCCGUCGGCGCCGGACCGAGCGAGAUCAUGCCCCUGAUCAAGACGCUCAAGGCCGGCAAGGCCACCAUCGCCUGCGUCAACAGCCCCGGGAGCAUCACGGCCUCGGGCGACGAGGAGGCCAUUGCCGAGCUGCAGGCCAAGAUCGAGCAGAAGCAGCUCUUCAACAGGAGGGUGCGCGUCGACACGGCCUACCACUCCCACCACAUGGAGCUGGUGGCCGACUGGUAUGGCAAAGCCGUCGGCGAGCUCGUGCCGACGGCCAAGUCGGACGUGGCUUUCUACUCGUCGCUGAAGGGCCAUCGCGUGGACUGCUCCGAGCUCACGACUUCCUACUGGGUCCGCAACCUCACCCAGCCAGUGCAGUUCUCCGGGGCUCUCACCGAGAUGUGCACGCCCACGGCGGGAGGCGAGAAGAUCGACCUGCUCGUCGAGAUCGGACCCCAUUCGGCCAUGGGAGGCCCCGUAAAGCAGGUACUCAAGGCCAUGGAAAGCCUGACCAAGAAGCCCCUCUAUCUGUCUUGCCUUGAACGGAACAAGGACGCAGUCGAGACCGCCCUCAACCUGGCCGGGUCUCUCUUCGCGCACGGCGCCAUGCUCGAUUUCGAGGCCAUCAACUUCCCCGUGCCUCCCGCCAAGGCGCUCGAGGUGUUGACCAACAUCCCCAAAUACCCGUGGGACCACACGAGGCGGUACUGGUGGGAGUCGCGGAUCAGCAAGAACCACCUCCACCGGCCGUUCCCUCGCAACGACGUGGUCGGCGCGCUGGCCGACUACUCCAACGAGCUCGAGCCGACGUGGCGCAACGUGAUCCGCGCGGACGAGCUGCCGUGGGUGCGCGGCCACAUGAUGCAGGACAUGAUCAUCUACCCCAUGGCCGGCUAUCUCGCCAUGGCGGUCGAGGCGGCGGCGCAGAGGGCUGCGCUCGCGGCCAAGUCGUUUGACCGGUUCGCCUUCCGGGACGUGACCAUCAGCCGCCCGCUCGUCAUCCAGGAAGGGUCCGACGCCGAGGUCAACAUCACCCUGCGGGCCUACACCGAGGGGACGCGGCAGUCGUCCAAGGACUGGGACGAGUUCCGCGUGUUCUCGUGGAACCGGGACCGCAACUGGAUCGAGCACUGCCGCGGCCUGAUCCGCGUCGAGCAGAGCACGGAUACCAACGCCGUGCACGACACGGCAGCCGACGAGCGGGCCUCGCUGGAGGAGCGCAAGGCCAAGGUCGCCGCCGGUUGCAGCAGCAGCAGCGGCGUCGCCGUCGAUCCGAAGGAGCUGUACCGCGAGCUCGAGGGCGUGUCGGCCAAGUACAACGCGCAGUUCCAGUCGAUGGAGAACUGCACGGGAAGCGACACCAACUGCGUGGCCGACAUUGUCGUGCCCGACACGAGCCGUGGCAUGCCCAAGGGCCACGAGUCGCCCCUCAUCAUCCACCCGGCCUUCCUCGACCAGUUCACCCACGCCGCCUGGGUCAUCCUCGGCGCCGGCCGCGGGAAAUUGGCCGCCCUGUACAUGCCGCGCUUCUUCAAGAGCCUGACCAUCUCCGCCGACGUCUGCCGGGCGCCCGGCGAUCGGCUGCGCCUCUACGGCGAGGGGAAUCCGGACUUUAAGAAUCCAGGCUCCACCAAGAUCACCAUGUUCGCGACCACCGAGGACGGCGCCUCGGAGCUGAUCAGCAUGGACGGGCUCGUCGUGGAUCCGUUCCUGGAUACGGGAGGUCUAUCAGACAAGGCCUCUACCCGCGAGCUAUGCUACAAGAUGACCUGGGAGCCGCUGUCGUCUCCCGAGGACACCAAGACGGAUGCCGAGACCAACGGCGCAGAGGUUGUUGUCGCCGCCACCCACACCCCCGAAUUAUCGGAGAGCAUCUCCAUCAUCUGCACGCCACAGCAGGAGAAGGCGCUGGGGUCGACAUUGAAGGCGCAAUUCAGCGGGUCCAGCAAGACCAGCAUCACCAUGGGAUCCCUCGACAAGGCCGACACGGACGGCAAGCUCUGCGUCGUCAUCUCGGAGCUGGACCAGCCCCUGCUCGCAACACUCGAUCCAGCCAACUUUGCCCGCGUGCAGAAGCUCGCCCAGUCUGCAAAGGGCAUCCUCUGGGUCGUCCGGGGAGCCCACACAGACUCGACGGAUCCGCGCCUCGGCAUGAUCCUCGGCCUGGCACGCACCGUCCGCUCCGAGACGAGCCUGAAGUUCGCCACUCUCGACCUCGACGGCGUCACCCCGCUCUCUGCCGCCCAGGCGUCGCAGCGGAUAUUCGACGUCGCCCGACACGUCUUCGGCAAGGGCGCAACCCCCAGCUCGGACAUGGAAUUCCAAGAGCGAGGCGGCGCCCUCAGCGUCUGCCGCGUGACCGACGACUCCGAGAUGAACACCUUCGUCGAGCAGCACACCAACCCCUCGACAGACCCCUUCCUGCAGCCCUUCAACCAGCCCGGGCGCCCUCUCAAGCUGCACGUCGGGACCAAGGGCGCGCUGGACACUCUGCACUUCAUCGACGACGCCAUCGCGGCGACCCCGCUCAGACCCGACGACAUCUCCAUCGAGGUCAAGGUGACGAGCAUGAACUUCAAAGACAUCAUGGUGUCGAUGGGCGAGGUUCCCAGCCCCUACCUGGGCGUCGAGUGCGCGGGCGUGAUCAGCGCCGUCGGCGCCGCCGUGACGCACCUCAAGGUGGGCGACCGCGUGUGCGCCAGCUCCGAGGGCGCCUACUCGACCUUCGUGCGGUGCAGGGCCACGAGCGCCGCGCGCGUGCCCGACUCCAUGACCCUCGAGACGGCGGCCACGGUGCCCGUGGUCUUCAGCACGGCCUACUACAGCUUGUUUGACGUCGCGCAUCUGCAGCGCGGGGAGUCGGUGCUGAUCCACGCUGCUGCGGGGGGUGUCGGGCAGGCGGCUAUCAUGCUGUGCCAGAUGGUCGGGGCCGAGGUGUACGCUACGGCGGGGAGCACGGCCAAGAAGGCGUUCCUGAUGGAGACGUACGGCAUCCCGUCUGAGCGCAUCUUCUUCAGCCGGGAUACUUCGUUUGCCGUUGGUGUGAAGCGCGCGACGGGCGGGCGUGGGGUCGACGUGGUGCUCAACUCGCUGGCCGGGGACGCGCUGCGGGCGACGUGGGAGUGCGUCGCGCCGUUCGGCCGGUUCGUCGAGAUUGGCAAGCGCGAUAUCCUCGCCAACUCCGGGCUCGGCAUGGCUGUGUUUGAGCAGAACGCCACCUUUGCUUCGGUCGACCUCACCGUUGUUGCGUCUGACAGGCCCCUUGUCAUGAGGCGUCUUCUUGAGGAUGUCCUCCGGUUGCUUUCCUACGGCGCUGUCAGGCCCAUCUCGCCUGUCACCACGUUCCCCAUCUCCAAUGUUGAGGCCGCCUUCCGGACGCUGCAGGCCGGGAAGGUCCACGGCAAGAUUCUCGUCACUGCUGGGCCGGACGACAUGGUCAAGGCAACCUAUUCCUCAAAGACCUUUGACAGAAUCCUCCGCAGCGAUGCAACCUACAUCAUCAUCGGCGGCACGGGCGGUAUCGGCCGCAGCAUGACCAAGUGGAUGGUCAGGAAGGGAGCCAAGAACAUCGUCAUCGUCUCCCGGUCGGACACCAUCUCCGCCAAGGUUGCCGAGGUGAUGGAAGACGCCAAGAGCCUCGGCGCCAACGUCGUUCUGCGCCGUUGCGACGUUUCCGACAGCCAGGAUGUUGAGCGCAUGGUCGGGGAGAUUGGGGCUCAGAUGCCGCCGGUACGGGGCGUCAUCCACAGUGCCAUGGUUCUAGACGACGUCCUGUUCGAAAAGAUGGACUUCACCCAGUGGGACAAGGUCGUCAAGUCCAAGGUCGCCGGCUGCUGGAACAUCCACACGGCGCUCUCUCACGCAACCCUCGACUUCUUCAUCGCCCUGAGCUCGGUGGCCGGCAUCAUCGGCAACCAUGGGCAGGCGGCCUACGCCUCGGCCAACACCUUCCUGGACUCGUUCGUGCAGUUCCGCCGGCGCCAGGGCCUCGCCGCCACGGCGCUCGACCUCGCCGCCGUCAGCGACACGGGCUACUUGGCCGAGAACGCCGAGAGGCAGAGGCAGGUCAUGGAGCAGAUCGGCGGCGAGGCCAUCGCCGAGCGGGAGAUCCUCGCCCUCGUGGCGGCCGCCAUCACGGGCCGGGCCGAGGAGACGUGCGGGUCGCAGGUGAUCACGGGUCUCAAGCUGCCCGCGGCCACGUUCCCGAGCCUGUUCUGGUCCUCGGACGGCAAGUUCUCCGAGCUGGUGGCGCGCGCCGCGUCGGAGCAGGGCGCCGAGAGCGGCGCCCAGGCGGCGGUGUCGCCCGGCGCGGCGCUGAAGCGGGCGACGUCGCACGCCGAGGCGCACACCAUCGUCGUCGAGGCGCUGAUGGACAAGACGGCGUCGGUGCUGAUGCUGCCGCGCGAGGAGCUCGACCCGACCAAGGAUAUUGUGUCGUACGGGCUCGACUCGCUCGUGUCCAUCGAGAUCCGCAACUGGAUCACCCGCGAGCUGGGCGCUGCUCUGCAGAUCCUCGACUUGCUCAGCAGCGGGUCGUUUGUCGCCAUCGCGGAGCUAAUUGUGAAGAAGACGGAGCUGGUUUCGUUUGAGAAGUAGGCUUGAUGAGUGUGGCGUGCCGGGUGUAGGGGUGUUUUCUGGGGAGGUGUUUUUCACGUUUUACAUCAGGUUGCUUCAUUUCACUACGAUUGUUAUUAUCUGAGAGAUUUGUGUUUUUCUUUCCUUUUUAUUUGCGAUGGUUUUUGCUUUCUUUCUUUGUCUUCUUCUU